CCUGCAGUUACUCUAACACGCUCCUGCAACCACUUCCUCGUCUGUCGAGAAUGUCUAGUGCCUCGGGUGGCUCGGCUGAACCGAGCAUUAGAAGUAGCGGGUGACAAUGACGAUGAACAAAUGAAACCGGAGUGGUUAAUGGGCGAAGGGGAGGGAGAACAGCGACGUCAACAGCUCCUUCUUUCACUCUUUAACGCUGGCGAACUCUGUCCUGACGGCGUCUGUCCAGAAUGUGGGCAGAUAGUCACUGCGGUGUGGAGUCUUGAAGUGGCCGUUGGUGGAGUCAGUACUGCUAUAGAACGCUUCCCCGUUCUUCCCUCAUCUGUCGCGGACGUUGGAACAGCAAGGCGGACUGCUCUGAUUUCAACAAACUCACAAGACUUGCUUGUACCUAUCGCUGCCUCGCAAACCUCUGGUGUUUGGGUAGCUUCUGAAAAUAAUCAAGGCAAGCAUCCAAUGUUUUUCGUUGCGGGUACCUCAGUGACACCAAGAUGCCUUGUCCCCAAAAGCAUUUUAACUUCGACUGGACGAGAAACACUGCCUCGGUACACUCAGGCGGGUGGGACCAACGCUCGACCGAACAACAUGCGUUCCUCAGGCUCAGUCAUCUCCAGUGGUCAAUCAUCAUCCCGUGAACUCAAACGCCUGCAACAUGAGCUGCAGGCUAUGCGUGAACAGACUCGAUGUCCCAUCUGCUUGGACCGAUCACGGAAUCUGGUUUUUAUGUGCGGUCAUGCGACUUGCCAAUGGUGCGGGGAUCAGGUCGCCGUUUGCCCCAUCUGUCGUCGCACCGUGACCGGUCGCAUUGUGCUCUACUAA